GCCUGCACAUCGUGCUCAACUCCAUCAUGAAGGCCAUGGUGCCGCUGCUGCACAUCGCGCUGCUCGUGCUCUUCGUCAUCAUCAUCUACGCCAUCAUCGGCCUCGAGCUCUUCAUCGGCCGCAUGCACAAGACCUGCUUCUUCGUGGGCUCCGACCUGGAGUCGGAGGAGGACCCGUCGCCCUGCGCGUUCUCGGGCCACGGCCGGGCCUGCGCGCAGAACAACACCGAGUGCCGCGGCCGCUGGGAGGGCCCCAACGGCGGCAUCACCAACUUCGACAACUUCUUCUUCGCCAUGCUCACCGUGUUCCAGUGCAUCACCAUGGAGGGCUGGACCGACGUGCUCUACUGG